CUAGUAAACUUUCACAUGUCUUUGAAUAUUUUGUUAGAAAUGGGAUUGUUAAGUUAUGGUAUGUUGAAAUAUAUUGGGUAUAUUCAGUAUUUAUACGAUAGGAAACUAUAUUUUCAAUCUCAAUUAAUUAUGGAAAUUUGGCAAUGACUAGACAAACUAAUCAUUGUUUUCAUAGACAAGAGACAAAACAUUGCAAGGAAAACAAAAAAGAAUUCUCCAAGUUACUACAUUUCAUAUAUUUAAAAUAUUAAGAAAAAUGAAAAAAAAUUAUGUUGCUACCACUAUUGGUUGAAUGUCCACAUAAAACCAUAUACUAAAAGUUUUAUAUUAUUUAAAAAAAAAACAAAAAAAAUAUUUUAAUUAAACAUUUAAAUGAAAAGAGGCAUGCAUUUAGAACGGUCUAUAAAAAUAGGAACCUGUAUCAGUGAUCUCCCUCCCCAAUCGAAUAUUCUACCGAUCGCUUUACUUUCCCAAAUUCAAAAAUUUCCCGGAAAAUUUGUAAAGAAUCGUUACUUUCCCGAUUCAUUUCCCCAGUGAUAACCUAAGAUCUUCAUCGUAUUCAACCUUUCGUACAUAAAAACCAGAGCAUUAGCUUUUUCAAUCAUCACACGGUAACAAAACAAACAAAACAUGACGACGAAGCAGCUGGAUGACGUGGAGGCGGAGAAAGCGGAAGCGAUGAGGAGAUACAACAACCAGAAACGUCUCAGGAACAUCGUACGAGCAGCCGCCCUAUCUUUCUUCUGCUACUUGUGGUUUCCCACGCUACAAGCUGCCUGCGAUUGGUUUAACCGAACCGGACCGGUUAUUAAUUUAACCAAUCGCGCGCUCGUUUUCUUCUUCGUUAACGUACUCGUCGGUUCCAUCUUCCUUCUAUCUCGCGAUCACGGCGAGGAAGAGAGUGGGAGUGUUAGGACCAACGAGCCAGAUCUAUACGAUCAGUACACCUCCUUCUCCGCCGUAACCGUAGCCGUAACCGCCUCCGAUGAUGAUGAUUCGAAAAAGAAAAUCGUUCCGACGUUUAUCACGGAGGUCCACGAGGAGGUGGUUGCGGAGAAGCAAAUCGUUUCGGCGGAGGAGGUGGUGGUUGUAGAGGCGGUUACAACGGAGAAUAAGGUUAUCCGGAGGACUGAGUCGGCGAACUCGGCGAUCGAGAGGUUGAACAGCGAGGAGUUUCGUUUGAAGGUGGAGGCGUUUAUAAUGGAGAAGAAGAGAUGUCUUGUUCAGGAGGAAAACGACGUCGUUGGAUGGCUAGAAGAUGGUUCUUCUGGACUUGAGCUCGUUGGUGCUGACUCUAUCUAAAGUAGACGUGCAGUAAUGUGAUGUAAUAACCUCAAUUGACUGAGAAAAAAGUUGUUCUCUUUUUAGUCACGAAAUGGAUGACCACUUAUAAUGUA